AUGGAGGUCCCUGGUCGAACACAAGACACCUCACCUGAUGAUAGGAUAGGAAUGUCUUUUAGUGGAGACGAAGCGGUAUUUUGUCAACCAUGUAGUGGUGACGGCGAUACGAUGAUUGCCAUUGGAUACUGUCAAAAUUGUAACGAGUGUUUAUGUGCAGUUUGUCUAAAAGUCCACCGCAAGCAAGCCGUGUCAAGAAAUCAUAUUAUUCUGGAUGGUGACACUAUGCCUAGAGUAACACUUCCGGUUGUAACCCCAAACGCUUGCUCUGAAAUAUGUACCAAACAUGAAAAUGAAAUAGUUAAAUAUUUCUGCAUCUCACAUGAUGCGGUGGGUUGUGGAGAUUGUAUGAUCAUUGACCACAAGUCCUGUAAAGUUGAUCGUAUACAAGAUAUAUCUACAGAAUAUUUAAAUGGCACUGAACACCAAAAUAUCCUAAAGAAGGUAAAGCAGUUGGUAAAAGAUACCGAUGAAAUAAAAAGGAAGCUACAAGCCAGUGAAGAAAACAUGAGACAAGCCUAUACACAAGCAAUUAAAGAUGUCAAAGCAUUCAAGAAAAAUCAUCGAUUAUCUUAA